UGGAACUUGUAGGUUCCCCAGGAGUAUUACUGAACAUCGUUUGGUCUCAAAUGAAGCAUAUUUGCGCUGACUGUCAUACGGACGAACACAUCAAACUUGACUGCCCCAAAGAGUCAGAAAGCUAUGUUUCCGCUGCAAGAUCCCUAACCACUUGCAAGCGAAACGCUCUACGGCACCUUGGAAUCGUGAACCCAAAGCAAACAAACAAGCAGGAAUGUCCAAAAUUGGAAAGUCUGUACCUGAAGAGGAGUCAAGUAUGACAUCUGACUUUAUAACCACCAACGCUGCAGGAACUAGACGGGAAAUCAACUUGCUCGAUUUACUCAAGAAUGAUACAAAGCCACAGGCAGUAGAAAGUGAAACGACUAUUAUGGAAGAAGUAGUAGACUUGGAGAACAGAAAUGUAAUGAUGAGUAGAUGUACUAGCGAACCAAGCCAGCCUAUGAAGGAAGCCGUUCCCACCAGGUCAGUCUCUACACCAAGAAGUUCCAGAAGUCAACAAACCAAAAAGCUAGACGAUAUCAUCACUCUCAGACACUCAGUCAGUUUGACUAGUAAAGAGAAAAGCAAACUAAACAGGUCAAUUACAAAGCGUAAUUUGGAAGACGCUCUCUCUCCUGAAACAAGAGAAUCUUUGACUCCAAAUACUAAAAGACUCAACAAAAACAUAGAAAGUGAAACUGUCACUCAAACGUCUUCUCCUUCUCCUGAAAAUGGUGGGGAGAAAAUGAAUGAGCUGGACUAAUAAUUGGUUCUUAAAAAAAAAAAAAAAAAGAAGUAAAAAAAAAAAGAAGUAAAAAAAAAGA